AUGGUGGUAGUCAUGGUUGGGGUAUAUGGGGUACUGGUAUUGGAAAGCAUGAUACAAGCAGGCGAUGCUGUUACGGUAUUGAUUCCGGAAAUGAUUGGAGUGGACCAGAAAACGGUUACAUUUUCUGGGGUAACACCAAUAUGGAUAGCUGGAAGAGCAGUGGCGGUGGUGAAGGAUGGCGCAAAUGGGAAGGUUGAAAAUCCUCUAUCGACUUUAACAUACAACUGUUUUGAUUCUUACCUUAAAAAAUAUAGUUAA